UUACACCCACUCGUUCUCUGGUAUUGUGCGCAGAAUCUCGACGCGAAAUGGAAGACUGGCUAAGUUCGUUAAAAUCAGCUUCAAUACCUGCGCGAGCACGUGGCGACAGCUUUUAUUUGGAACAGCACGAUAUACUCUCAAAUCAUCAUCACUGGUAUGCCACAUCACAUGCCAGACCCACCUAUUGUAAUGUGUGCCGUGAUGCUCUGUCAGGUGUCACUUCACACGGCCUGUCCUGUGAAGUGUGCAAGUGUAAAGUACACAAACGAUGCGCUGCCAAAGCAAUUGCCAAUUGCAAAUGGACAACUUUAGCUACCGUAGGCAAAGACAUUAUAGAAGAACGUGAUGGUAGCAUUAUAAUGCCACAUCAAUGGAUGGAAGGCAACCUACCAGUAUCAGCAACUUGUGUUAUUUGUAAAAAGACUUGUGGAUCAGUGCUACGACUGCAAGAUUGGCGCUGUUUAUGGUGUCGCGCAACUGUGCACGUAGCCUGCAGACCACAAAUGACAGAUUCCUGUCCCAUUGGGCCAGCAAAACUAUCAGUUGUACCACCGACUAGUAUACAUUCAAUCAGCAACGAUGACGCAUGGGAUGUUGUCAGCCCAAAGGGUAAUUUUUCACCACUGCUGGUUUUUGUUAACUCCAAAUCAGGCGACAAUCAAGGUGUAAAGUUUUUACGCCGAUUCAAACAGUUGCUCAAUCCAGCGCAGGUUUUUGAUUUGAUAUCAACUGGACCCAGUUUAGGUUUGCGCCUAUUUCGCCAUUUCGAAAUGUUUCGAAUAUUGGUGUGCUCUGGUGAUGGUUCGGUCGGUUGGGUUUUAAGCGAAAUUGAUCGCUUUAGUAUGCAUAAACAAUGUCAAGUUGCUGUACUUCCACUUGGUACUGGUAACGAUUUGGCACGUGUUCUUGGUUGGGGCUCCUCAUGUGAUGAUGAUGCCCACUUGCCACAAAUAUUAGAACGUUAUGAAUCAGCGAGCACUAAAAUGUUAGAUCGUUGGAGUAUAAUGGUUUUCGAAAAAGCUAUAGCAGUGCAGCCAAAAACUCCAAAAAUGUCACUUUCUAGUGCACAAGAGGCACUGCUAACCGGAAUGGUUACUUCUGCCAAUCAAAAUUUACGAUCUAUUGUUGAAACAGAUGAUAUUCAAACUUUAAUUACAUCCACUAAAACGCUAUGUGAAACAAUUGAUGAACUAAUGUCACAAAUCUGUGAGAAUCGCAAAGAUGACGAGCAAUUAAUAAUGAAAUGUGAUAUUUUAAGACAAAAGCUACAUAUGUUAUUAGAUGCUUUGAAGGAGGAAGAAACUGGUGUACACACUGGUGAUGACUUACUCUCGACAAUCAGCAGCAUAAUUGCUAGAAGUGCGCCCGAAACACUGACACCUUCACCCACUACCACUCCUACUUUACUAAAUCCCAACAUAUCAAUUGAAAAGAAUGAAAAAGAUCAACUGAAUACAAAAGAACGUCGGAAUAGUCGUUCAUUACGUUCUAAUGAGAAGGAUGCAUUACAGUGUCGCGCAAAUAGCGUUAAACGCGCUAUAUACAACGUAGUAGAGCAUUCAGAGCCCGGACGACCAAAGCGUUAUCAACGUAAACUCUCUAUAACACCAUUUGAAGCGCUCAAAAUACCCACCACCACUUCAAAUGACUCAACACCUUGUACUUCACCACUACCAAUUAUACCACCUAUUAACAUAAUAUCUCCAACCAUGGAGACUUCACGGCUGACAUGUAUAUCACCCCUGCCGGACACCAGACGUGAUUCUGUGGAUGAAAAUUUUUUCAAUACAAUCAGUUUACCAGUACCACGUCAAUUCGCUGACAGCAGACGUAGUUCUGGUGUACCAGAAGUGAUACAAGAAAUUGAAGAGUGCGGCAAUGGUGGAGUUGAAACUGUAGGUUAUCGUGUUGGUCGUUUGUCCUUAAGUGGCGGUGCCAACAUUGAUGACGACGGUAAUCGUUUGUCGCCCACUAGUGAGACUAUAAUCAACGAACGCAAAAUUGAUUUUCUCAGUGUACCUAUUAUUACGAGUGACCACAUAGUGGAUCCAUUGUCCGACUUCAGACCAAUUGAAGUAUUUGAGCGUAACUAUUAUAUGAGUCGAGAAUUGGAUAAAGAGAAGAAAUUGGCUGACAAUGCUACAGCUACAACUGAGGAUGAUUCAGCUGACGUGGGUACUGAUAGUAUUGCAGAGAAGCAAUGCACUGAGGAGAAACCUGAAAAAUUAGUGCACACUUGUCAACUACAGGUACCCAACAUAGUUGUUUAUCCCAAAGCCCCAAAUGUUUACACAAGUGAAACCAUUACAAUCGUUGACACAGAUAUGCUAACUGAACAGUCAUCUUCUGACGAUAUGCAAGGUGAAGCAAGUGAUGUGUUAUCUGCCAUAAGUAAUGAAGAGUGUAGUGUAGCUUCAGAGAUAUUCGAUAAAAAUACUGAAGUAGAGCAUCAACAUGCACUACAAAUCACUGACAUUAUACAUGGUGUCGAUAGCAAUACCUUUACACACAUCGAUUCGCCAGAAACAAGCGAUGAAACGGAAGCUAUGCCUGGAGAAAGUCUUAUGGAUGAUAUUAGUUCAGUUCUUGGACAUGAUAUUACAUAUGCUUUACAGGAUAAUACAAUUACUGAUGAUACUACUACACUUUGCUCUGAGACUCAUGCACCUUCCGAAGCUAAGCAACAGCAACAGCAACAAAAAGCAUUACAACAGCAACAGUUGCAAUUACGAAGAAAAUCGCUUUCGAUGUCGCAUCGUAGAAGAAAUUCUUCUCCACCGCAUAUGCCGAGGCUUGAUCGUAUGGAUAGCGAUGAAAAUCCACAGCAAUUCGGUUUUGAGAACAUUGUUUUCGAAAUUGAUAACCGUUGUGAUGAUCAGAAAAUGCGUGAGCCUCCGAGAUACUGUAGUUUGGCACAAUUCGUGGAGGGUAAUGAUAUAGCGCGACAAAGCUUCAAGCGCCCAAAAAAACGCACAUCCCUAAAACAGUUGAAGACACAACAGCAUACUUCAAUUGAUACUAUUACCUCGACGACAACUAUAACCACCAUUACGAGUACAAGCGGACAACAAUCGGAAGAUGAACACUCGACAAAUACGGCUAUACGGAUCGAUGUGGAUGGAGCAAAACCUGAAUCAGCAUUGGCAUCAAACUCACCAAAGAAAUCUGGACACGGACAAGAAGUAAAGCGCAUAACUUUUGAUGAGUCCUGUAAAAAAGAAUCCUUUGAUGAUGUAAAUCCAAACUAUCCACAGAUAAGUGUUGUUGUACGACCACCAACACCAUUACGAGGAGAUGCCAUAAAGCCAGUCAAUUCAGCAGCUACGGCCAGUUUACUGUCGGCUCGUCUUAUGCCAGAAAUCAGGCGUCAUUCAAGUCAUGCCACCAGCUUAACAGUGCGUGAAUAUGACAAAGAUAAAGACCGUCGACAUUCAGGUUUCAAUCCUAAUUUGUUGAGCCUUGAUCCAGAGCAUGCACGUUUUCUAAGCAGUUCACCAGCCGCUAGCCGUAGAAUCAGUUGUGGCAGUUUAUUUAAGAAGAAAAAAUCGAAGGGUCUUUCGGAACGCGCUUACGGAUUGUUGGGUUUGCGUUUCUUUGUGGUCAUGGAGCCGGACAUACGUUUGGCUACAUUGGCCAUGAUUAGACCACUAAUACCGUUGCCUAAUGAAGCGUUGCCUAAUCUACAAAGCUUUAAGGGUUCUAGAACAAGUCUUUUUAUGGGCUCGACAUUAUUUGGCUUUGAUCAUUUCGGCGGUGGAGAAAAAGACGAUAAAAAUAAGGAUAAAGAAAAAACCCCAACCGAAGAAACAAACAAAAAAUUACCGAUUAUAAAUCCACUAGUACGCUUACCAAAUUGGCCAAAUCUUACAAAUGGAACUGGAUUUAUAUCGAAAUGUUUAUUGGCAAAUGCAGAUACUCUUUGUGCCGCUGUUAGUCCACUUAUGGAUCCUGAUGAAACCCUACUCGCUGGAUAUCACGAAAAGUGUGUUAUGAAUAAUUAUUUUGGCAUUGGUAUUGAUGCAAAGAUAUCACUCGAUUUUCAUAACAAGCGUGAAGAACAUCCAGAAAAGUGUCGAUCUCGUGCCAAGAACUACAUGUGGUAUGGCGUCUUAGGUUCUAAGCAAUUAUUGCAAAAGACCUGUAAGAACUUAGAGCAACGUGUGCAAUUGGAAUGCGACGGUCAACGUAUACCAUUGCCCUCUUUGCAGGGCAUUGUUAUACUUAACAUACCAAGUUUUAUGGGUGGCACUAAUUUCUGGGGUACCUCCAAAAAAGAUGAUAUAUUUUUAUCACCCAGUUUUGAUGAUCGCAUAUUGGAAGUAGUCGCUGUAUUUGGGUCUGUACAAAUGGCUGCAUCCCGUUUAAUCAAUUUGCAACAUCAUCGCAUUGCACAAUGUCAGAGUGUACAAAUCAAUAUACUCGGUGAAGAAGAAAUACCCAUACAAGUAGAUGGUGAAGCUUGGUUACAGCCGCCUGGUAUGAUACGUAUUUUACACAAAAAUCGUGUGCAAAUGUUAUGUCGUAAUCGCCAUUUGGAAGUAUCACUGAAGACUUGGCAGGAGAAACAACGACAACAUAGUAUUUCUAUACAGCGUGAACAAUCUUCUACUGCUUCGGAACAUGCAAUUUCCACCGAUGAAGUUAUAUCGGAACGUGAAUGUUAUGUAUUGCUCAAUUUUAUAGAAGCCGUCAGUUCGCUAGUGAAAUGGGUGAAAUUCUUAAUAAUUUCACAUCCAUCAUUGCAACAUGAUUUGUAUGCAGUUGCCUGUAGAGCUUCCGAGGCUUUGGAAUCAAUACACCCAAAUGGUAAACUAUUAGAGGGUCCUACUUUGAGAACAAAGCUUGUGGAAGUUAUUGACUCUUCGAGGCAACUCUACGAUGAUGCUUGCACUUUGUUACGAGAUCGUGGGCAUAGUUUAAUAUUGCGUGAAGAUCUCGAGACAAAGUUAAGUGCUGCACUAGCAAAUAUGGAAAUGGAGUUAAAAAAAUGUUCAGUGCAAAAAUGUAUUGACGGCAAGAUACGAGCUUACUUCAAUGUUUUAGCACCAAAUGAAGAGGGUGAUGGCCGACGCAAGUCUCGUCCAUUUUGGGUGCGCCUGCGUUCUGGUUCCACCGCAGGUCAGCAGCAAUUCAAACCACCGCUCACCAAUACACGUGAAGCUGUCAGCAAUUGGAGUGUUAAUGAAGUCGUCACUUGGCUGGAGACAAUGCAGCUAUCUGAAUACGUAGACAGUUUUCUUAAAAAUGACAUACGUGGUAAAGAACUUUUAACUUUGGGUCGUAGAGACUUAAAAGAUCUGGGCGUCAUUAAGGUAGGACAUGUUAAACGCAUAUUACAAGCUAUUAAAGAUUUAGGCGAGAAUUAAGUGUAAAAA